CCAGCCCCUUUUGCUUUUUAAGAGACAGGGUCUUGCUAUGUUGUUCAGGCUGGCCCUGAAUUCCUCAUGGAAUUCUCAUGGUUCUCCUGCUUCAGCCUCCAGAGUAGCUGGGGCAACAGAUGUGUCAUUGUGCCCAACUGCAUUCCCUCCUUUAAUGGGUUAUUAGUUUAAAGAAGAACUGCCUUCUGUGGUUGGCAGAGAUCUGUUUCAUUGAAUGUGAGGCCUCAGGUAGAAAUACACUGCCUUCCUUUCUUAUGGAAACAAGUGGAAAAGCUGGUUGGAUUUAGAGGAUUAUGUAUGGGACUGUAUGGUAUUAGUACUGUCAGCAGGGCUGAAAUGCUUCUCCCAAACUCUGGUGAAUAUACAAGCAAGGAAGGUCAAAGUCAGAAAUUGCUCUGUAUUUCACUGAGUAGUGCCAUAUUUUAACUCUAGUUUUGUUGAAGAUGAUGACAUUACUGUGACUAUUACGGUUAUCAGCCCAUAAUUGAGCUAUGUUGUUUUCAGCAUUUUUUUACUUUUGGUUCUUUUUUCUCAUUCUCUUAGUCAGUUUUUUCUUUACAUCUGUGCUACAACCACAUCUUAAACACUCAUUAGAUAUGUGUGGACUGAUGCAAAUGCAGUUGUGCCUCUAUUUUUUUAAGAUGGACACUUUAACCCUGAGGUGGUCAAGUAUCGGCAGUUAUGCUUCAAGUCACAGUACAAGCGGUACCUCAACUCUCAGCAGCAGUACUUCCAUCGACUGCUAAAGCAGAUUCUUGCCUCCCGGAGUGAUCUGUUAGAGACGGCCCGCAGGAGUGGCCCGGCCCUUCCCUUCCGGCAGAAGCGGUCUUCGCCAUCCCACAGCCCUGAGGAGCGGGAGUGGCGGACCCAGCAGCGCUAUUUGAAGGUCUUGAGGGAAGUGAAAGAGGAGUGUGGCGACACAGCACUGUCCUCUGAUGAAGAGGGAGAGUAGUAGUGACUGUUGGCCUGCUGCAAUGCGACCCCAUCACUCUGUUGAAGUCUCUCUCCUGGAAGAGCCGUUUAAAUGAUCUAAGUGUGCUCCACCUCAUCUGGGGAAGGGUCAGAAAGAAAUGUGGAACCCUGGCCUCCAUGUUGUUGGCUUAGCCCUGUUGAACCCAAAUGGCCACUUACCCAGUCUCCCCUAUUGGAGUCCACAGCCACGUUGGAUUUACAAGAAAAAUUUUCUUUUGAAGAUCUCAGCUCAUGGCUUCCAAGCUCUCCAGCACGUUCUCCUAGUCCUGCGGUGCCCCUGAGGGUGGUGCCCACGCUUUCCACCACGGAUAUGAAAACUGCAGAUAAAAUAGAACUGGGAGACAGUGACCUGAAGACAAUGUUAAAGAAGCACCAUGAGAAGCGGAAACAUCAACCAGAUCACCCGGACCUUUUGACAGGAGACCUGACCCUCAGUGACAUCAUGACCCGAGUAAAUGCUGGCAGGAAGGGCUCUCUUGCAGCUUUAUAUGACUUGGCAGUCCUUAAAAAAAGAGUGAAGGAGAAAGAGGACAGGAAGAAGAAGAAAAUAAAGUUGAUCAAAUCGGAAGCAGAGGAUCUGGCUGAGCCCCUAAGCAGUACUGAAGGGGUCCCACCUCUCUCAGAAGCCCCAUCUCCAUUGGCAAUAUCUGCUAUCAAGGAAGAGCCCCUAGAAGACCUCAAGCCUUGCCUUGGAAUCAAUGAGAUAUCUUCCAGUUUUUUCUCUCUUCUGUUAGAGAUCUUGCUGCUGGAGAAUCAGGCCAGCCUUCCUAUGCUGGAGGAGCGGGUUUUGGACUGGCAGUCAUCUCCAGCCAGCUCCCUCAACAGCUGGUUUUCUGCCGCCCCCAACUGGGCUGAGUUGGUAUUGCCUGCCCUACAGUAUCUUGCUGGAGAAAGCCGAGCUGUUCCUUCCAGUUUCUCUCCAUUUGUUGAGUUCAAAGAGAAAACCCAGCAGUGGAAAUUGCUUGGUCAGUCCCAAGAUAAUGAAAAGGAAUUAGCUGCACUCUUCCAGUUAUGGCUUGAGACCAAAGACCAGGCCUUCUGUAAGCAAGAAAAUGAAGACAGUUCAGAUGCCACAACACCUGUCCCUCGGGUAAGAACUGACUAUGUGGUGCGGCCCAGCACAGGGGAGGAAAAACGGGUUUUUCAGGAGCAGGAACGUUAUAGGUACAGCCAACCCCAUAAGGCAUUCACUUUUCGCAUGCAUGGCUUUGAGUCUGUGGUGGGGCCAGUGAAAGGUGUGUUUGACAAGGAGACCUCCCUCAACAAGGCUCGAGAGCAUUCGCUGCUGCGCUCGGACCGGCCUGCCUAUGUCACCAUUCUGUCUCUUGUUCGGGAUGCUGCUGCUCGGCUGCCUAAUGGAGAAGGCACUCGGGCAGAGAUAUGUGAACUUCUUAAGGACUCCCAGUUCCUUGCACCAGAUGUCACCAGCACUCAGGUGAACACAGUAGUGAGUGGUGCACUGGAUCGACUGCAUUAUGAAAAAGACCCUUGUGUGAAAUACGACAUUGGACGGAAGCUGUGGAUUUAUCUGCAUCGGGACCGGAGCGAGGAAGAAUUUGAGAGGAUUCACCAAGCUCAAGCAGCUGCAGCUAAAGCCAGAAAAGCCCUUCAGCAAAAGCCCAAGCCUCCAUCCAAGGUGAAAGCCAGUAAUAAGGAGAGCUCUGUGAAGGCUCUCAGCGGUGGCCCUUCUGAGCAGAGCCAAAUGAGUCUUAGUGACUCCAGCAUGCCUCCCACACCACUUACGCCUGUAACCCCCACCACACCAGCAUUGCCUACCACCCCUAUUUCCCCUCCACCCAUGUCGUCGGUGAAUAAGAGUGGACCUACCACUGUCUCAGAACCAGCCAAGUCUAGCUCAGGUGUUCUUCUGGUGUCCUCACCAACAAUGCCACAGCUAGGAACGAUGCUUUCCCCACCUUCCAGCCAGACUCCACCCAGCUCUCAGGCCACUGCCCGGGUCGUGAGCCAUUCAGGCUCAGCGGGACUGCCCCAGGUACGGGUGGUAGCCCAGCCUAGCCUUCCUGCUGUCACCCAGCAGUCAGCAGGGCCAGCACCAACACUGCCACAGAUGCCAGCAGGACCACAGAUCCGGGUACCAACCACCUCCACACAGACCAAAGUAGUUCCCCAGGCAGUCGUGGCCACCAUUCCGGUUAAGGGGCAGACUGCGGCAGCCACUGUGCAGAGGCCCGGACCUGGACAGACUGGGCUCACGGUGACUAGUCUUUCUGCUGCAGCCAGCCCUGUGAACAAGCCAGCUACGAGUUCUCCUGGGAGCUCUGCUCCAAGUGCCUCCACAACUGCCGUCAUUCAGAACGUCACAGGACAGAACAUCAUCAAGCAGGUGGCAAUCACGGGCCAGCUUGGUGUGAAGCCUCAGACAGGGAAUAGCAUUCCACUCACAGCCACCAACUUUCGCAUCCAGGGUAAGGAUGUGCUGCGUCUGCCACCCUCUUCCAUCACCACAGAUGCCAAGGGCCAAACUGUGCUGAGAAUCACUCCAGACAUGAUGGCAACGUUGGCUAAGUCCCAGGUUACCACAGUCAAAUUGACCCAGGACCUCUUCGGGACAGGAAGCGGCACUACAGGCAAAGGCAUCUCUGCUACCUUACAUGUCACUUCCAAUCCUGUCCAUGCAACUGAUAGCCCUGCCAAGGCCAGUUCAGCUAGUGCCCCUUCGUCCGCUCCAGCAGGUACCACUGUGGUCAAAGUGACUCCUGACCUCAAGCCAACAGAACCUUCGAGUUCAGCUUUUCGUUUGAUGCCAGCUCUUGGUGUGAGUGUGGCAGAUCAGAAGGGGAAAAACACCGUGGUGGCCUCUUCAGAAGCGAAACCGGCUGCCACAAUCCGCAUUGUGCAGGGCCUAGGAAUGAUGCCUCCUAAAGCAGGCCAGACCAUCACCGUUGCAACCCAUGCCAAACAAGGGGCCGCAGUCGCCAGCGGGUCUGGAUCUGUCCAUUCUUCAGCGGUGUCCUUGCCCAGUAUGAAUGCCACCGUGUCCAAAACUGUUGCUGUGGCUUCUGGGGCCACAAGCACCCCCAUCAGCAUCGGGACAGGAGCCCCCACUGUGCGGCAGGUCCCUGUCAGCACCACAGUUGUGUCUACAUCCCAGGCUGGGAAACUACCUACGCGGAUCACAGUUCCACUCUCUGUGAUUAGCCAGCCAAUGAAGGGCAAGAGUGUGGUCACAGCCCCCAUUAUCAAAGGCAACCUUGGAGCCAACCUCAGUGGACUGGGCCGAAAUAUCAUCCUCACGACCAUGCCAGCAGGUACUAAGCUCAUUGCUGGCAAUAAGCCAGUUAGUUUCCUCACUGCCCAGCAGUUGCAGCAGCUUCAGCAACAAGGUCAGGCCACACAGGUGCGCAUCCAGACAGUCCCUGCAUCCCAUCUCCAACAAGGCACAGCAUCUGGGUCUUCCAAAGCUGUCUCCACUGUUGUUGUGACCACAGCUCCAUCUCCUAAACAAGCACCUGAACAACAGUGACAGAGAAGUGGCUUCCAUAAGAGACCAGGCCUGGUCUGUCCUGGCUGAAAGGACAGGAGCAAGGAGGUUGCCUCAUUCCUCUCAGCUUGUCUGCUUGAAGCAGACCAGUCAGGGGUGAUAGCAACUAUGGCCUAGAUUCUGCUAUCACAUUCUACAGUUGAAUGUGAGAAUGGUCCUGUUCAGAGCUCCUGGGUCUGCUCUGUACCAGUCCAGGAGAAGAAUCUGUUAAGAGUCAUGGGAGGUCACAGUUACAACAUACAAGCCAAAGUUCUCCUAAAAGUAGAACGCCCAGAGAGUGGGCAGGCAGUGAAUAAGUUUUGUUCUAUGUGAGGGUUGUACUUUUUAGCUUUUGGUCAUCUUUGACUUAUGUUCUGGAUAUGAGUUUUGUAUCCAGAAAAUUUUGUGUAACUUAUUUUUUUAAGAACUUAUUGUAUAUCUUUUAUCAAAUAGAAACUAAGCUUUAGCCCUCCUAAACUGAUUACUUAUUCUUUUGACCAGAGUGAAAGAAUAGGAAGAAUCUUAGCAAGUGGGUGGCUGAUUCGAUAACUACAUAGUAAUUGAGAGGAUGUAAGGUGGGGAUCACAUAGGAGGUGAGGUAAUGUGGAUUCCCUGAAGUGAGAUUAGUUUGCAACUCCUUCCUAAGAUGGGCUUUGGGAUCUUGAUCGUGUCUAGACCCUCACUUGCUGAUGUUGCCUUUGGCAGGCCUGUUCACAUGCAAGUCCAGAGCCAGUGGACAGACAGUAGGGGAAUGACAGCAGAGAUGCUGCUUUUGAAGCAUAGACUUUUUUACAGUUCAGAUUGUGCAUUCUGUUUUGUUCUAAAGAAGGGGUCGUAAACCAGGCUCUUAGGGCUAGCCAUCUGUUUUUGUAAAUAAAGUUUUAUUGGAACACAUCUCAUAUCGCUUAUGUAGUAUCUAUGAUUGUUUUUGAGUUAGAAGGCAGAAGUGAGUAGAUGUCAGAGACUGUAUGUCCCUUAAGCCCAAACUUUUUCUUUUAAUUGACCUUUAAGAAAAAGUUUGUUGACCAUUGCUCCAAUGGAGGGAUGGGUGUGGGGCUUCAGAAACAUUCUGGACUUAAAUUCACUUAUUACUGGCUAGUUCACACUUCUCAGCCACCAUCAGCUACAGGAAGAGCACAGAAUGAUAUUUUAAAAUGUCUUAAGUACUUAAGCACUGGUCAUUCCCAGUACAGUAACCCUGCCUUAUUUAUGGUUUUGGCCAAGUGUGGUCAAUAAAUAACUUAUGCGUAUGCAAUAGCUCAGUGGAUGCAGUGAAGCUCAGUCAGUCCUGUGUUGUUACCUGUUGAGUUUAAACUCUGUGCAUCCUGAGCAUUUGCAGUUUUCCCUCAACAGCGGUCUCCUUAGAACCAUACACCUCCAUUUACCCAGGGUCUACUCUAUAGACCUCUGAAUGUGGAGCAGGGCUGGGUGGGAAUCUUUUCUGAAGUCAUAGGACUUCUCUGUCUCUCUUGAAAGUAUGCAAAUUAUUAAAAAAAUUACCUUUAAUCUGUGGAACUUUAGUGAAUGUAUUUUAUGGGGCUUGGAUGGGAAAGUAGAUCUGGAGGCCAUAGAAUAGAAAUAGCCUUGCUUAAAUGGCAGCUGGAUUAAAGUUGAGUGAUUUGGCAAGUUGCGGAGGAGCAGAGAGAAUUAGAGUGGCUUGUUGGUUACACAGCGGCUUUGCAGUUCUGUUUGAUUUCAUAGCACUUCUGUCAAAUAGAUGUUUCCAUGCCCCCUUUUAAGUGUAAGAUGUGAGUUUGAGUUGAAGUUAAAGAGAACUAAGAUGAAAAUCCAGUCUUCUGAUACUUAGACAAGUUCCCUUUGGGCUGAAUUCUUAAGGGGAGGAUGGCUGGAAUAUGUCCUCGUAAGCAUUGGGGCUGAUCACAGAGUUGGGAGGUGGAAAGCCUGGGUUAGAAAAAGCAGAGGUGGGCUGGAAGUGCAUCUGAAGUGAUAAGAGCACCUGCCUUACAAGCAUGUAGCCUUGCAUUCAAACUCCAGUCCCCCACAACCCCCCCCAAAAAAAGGAAAGCCAACAAAGAGCAGAGAUGAUAGGCUAAGGUGAGAUUGAGCUCUUAGUGGGUACAGAGAGGAAUGGCAUGGGAAUAAGACUGGCAACGACAGAGGUAGGUUUCUGCUGUGAGGAAAAACACAGUCUUUUACCGAGUAAGGGAGAGUUCACCUGCUUUACAAUACUCUGAUACUUGCACCUUGUUAUUUCCAAAUCACAUAGAAAGCCUUGAGACAGUUUCUAUAUACAAAAAAGAAAGUUGAGAUAUCUUGUCUCAGAUAAUCACUGCUGUUUAAAAACAAACCCUUUCUGAAUUUACUUAACAAAUCCCAUAGAAAUAGCUUUGGCACUCAGCCUUACCCUACACCACGCUUUUGUAUACUGAAGUCACCCAAUUGUGCCUGUCUGCUUUAUACAUGCAGACAUGUGUAUCCUAGAGCAGGGAUGUAAAACAAGUCUGUUUCAAGAUGCCAUUGUGGGUUGAUGCCCUAGGAAGUUGAACUUUGGCCCUACCAGCCUGUUAAUGGUGUAGCAUGGAGCCUCCAGUUACUGGUGGUGGUCAGUGACAGCCCAAGUAUCUGUAACAUGCUGCUUUUGUACGCAGACUCAGGGGACUCCAAGUCAUGGUCAGUGUGGUGGAUUUUCGCAGGAAGUAAUUCCUGAGGAACUUCUGGUGAGCUUCCGUUUGACAGAGGUUUGGUAGAAUUAUUAGCCAUGUGUUCAAGACAGGUUCUGGUGAAUGGAGUUCUGAUGGAUUUGUACUUUUAACACCACAUUUAAGAAUGUUAUGCCAGGGCUUGUCACUUCCAUGACGGUCUCCCAAACCUUUUAUGUGAAGGACAGCAAAAAAAAUUUUAAUAUUUUAUAUCUGAUCUUCACAUUUUAACCUCUUCACUCUGAAAAAUACUGUAUUUCCUUAGAGUAUUUCUACCCUUGUAAAAAAAAAAAAAUCUCAAAUAUGAAGCCAGGCAUUGUGGUACAUGCCCAUAAUCUCAGCACUACUCUAGGAAGGAACAAUAGGAAGACAUGAGUUUGAGGUCAGCCUGGCCUAUGUAGUGAGACCCUGCCUCAAACAACAACAAAAUAAAAGCCCAGACACCCUCAGAUGUAGAUGUUUUCUACAAAAGUAAAACCAAAUUGUAGGUUCUUCUUCCUAAUUAUAAUUUCUAAGGAAAAAUGCAUUUUAUAUUAAUUGUUGUUAGUAUGUCCUCCAGUACUUGGGGAAUGAAUGAUUGAGUUCCUGCUCAGCUGAUAAACCAAGUAGAUCCUGAGAGGGGACCCAGGAGUUUUUUAAUAAUGAAAUUCAUGUUUUUAGUAAACUCACUGUUAGUCCCUAAGUGUGACUUCAACUCUGAAAGUCUGGCUAACCUUUCACUUGAGUACAGCAUUUCUUCCAAAGAACAUGCAAAAUAAUAUAAAUUAUCUUUACCAGAUGUGUGUGAGGUUAGCAGGGUAGAUGUGAGAGACACCAGACUUUCAAGUCAUGCUGGAGACAGGCUUUGCCACCUGGUGGCUCUGUGACCAUAGGCUAUGCAGCCUGUGGGAGGGACCUCAUGUGCUUACAUUAGGAGGUUGUGGGAGCCAAGUGAGAUAGAAUGCAUCUCAAUCAAAAAUGCUGUACCAGGCAAAGGUGUGAUUUGGUUCUGAGAUACUUUUAGCUUUGUGCUAGCCCACUUUUAUCAUUUGUAGAACUUUAUAUGUUUAAUUUCCAACAGUCUUUUGUGCCUUCUUUACUGUUAAACCUGCUAUUCUCCAUGCCUGGAAUCUGCUUUUUCCAUAGGACAGACUCCCCAUUUCUUUUCCCCCUCUUCAUGGUUUGUACUUGGCUUUCACAGCACCCAUCACGCUGUGGGUGUAUAUAUAUGUAUAUACACACACAUAAAAUGGCCCACAUUGCUUUCCCUGAUGACAGACUGGUGACUCUUCAUGGUCACAAACCUCAUCAGUCCUUGUAACAAUUUCAGUGCUGGUGCAAAGUGGAUGUUUGAUAUUUGUUGAAGGAAGUUCUUAAAAAAAUACCCAGAACCAAGACGAAUUCAGAAUUCAUAUCCUUUGUUUUCAGCUAAGUUAAAAUCCAGUGCCUUUCAAACCUGACAUUUUUCUCCAUAUCUCAUUAUACAGAUUUCUUGUAUAGCUAUUCACUAGUAGGGUAACUUUGAUAAGUCAGAAAAGCUGACUUUCAAUUCUCCACUGGACCAGUAACUAAUACCUUGAUUUUUAAAAAUUACCUAACUUUGGUCCUUAUCAACUAUGGUAUUGCAAUACUCUGGUACACUAGUUAGAAAAUGUUUAACAGGCAAUGUUUAAAGUACCAAAGCAGCCAGGCGCCAUAGGCUCACUCCUGUAAUCCUAGCUACUCAGGAGGCAGAGAUCAGGAGGAUCUCAGUUCAAAGCCAGUCUGAACAAAAAGUUUGCAAGACUCUAUCUUGGA